AUCUGUCAUGAAGAUGAGCGGAAAGUGACCUCAAACCCCCCCCCCCUUCUCUCUCUCUCUCUCUUCUUUUUUAUCUCUUUAACAUUUUGACCUCAAAACCCAUACUCGAAUCCGCCAUAUUUGGUUUCUAAGGUCUUAUCUUAUCAUUCUCUUGCCUUUCAUUUUGACUUUAGACAAAUUCCCACUACUUCAAAAUCAAAAGCAAUCAAACAACAGCCUCGUAUUGUUCCUGUUAUUUCCCUUAUAAGCUUGGUUUCGCCAUCGUGUUUCUUACAUUUGCAUGUUCAUUUUAAGGGAUUCCACGUUGAGUGUUUUCUCCAGUUAUGCGUGCUAAAGUUACCUCGACUAAUCGACAACAUAUUCCUUAGAGGCAUACACUACCGGUGUUCUUAGACUUAUCUACUGGAGUAAUUAUGAACGAUUCCCUUUUAUGUGGUUCUCUGUAGAUUAGAGGCCUGUAGCUAUGUCCAUAGAAGCCAUUGAGAGAAUGACAUCAUUGGGUACCGAUGUUUUCUACGACAUAUUGAGGCGCCUUGAUGGUCCAACUUUGGCUGCCGCAGCAUGCUCGUGUGCAACUUUUUGUACGAUCUCUAGAGAGGAGAGACUAUGGAAGAAUGUUUGUUCUUCUAUGUGGCCUUCAACCAACAGAGAAGAUGUUAAAAGUUUGAUUUCGUCGAUUGGUGGGUUUAGAAAAUUCUAUGCUGAUUGUUUUCCGCUUAUUGUUAAUAAGGAAGUUACAGAGUAUGAGUGGAAUGCCCAUUGUUUCUCUUCUUUAGAGUACCCCGAAGAAUGGACUGAAGCUGAAUAUUAUGGCGACACCGAUGGGCUCGAAAGUAUUACACCGUUAGAUUUUGUUUCAGUUGUGGAUAUUAGGUAUAAAGAUAAAACAAUCUGCUCAAAAGUGCUGUGGGGUAUUCCUAAUGCAAAUGGAUCCAAUAGUUGGUUUCACAAUUGCCCGUUUCGGAUCGAUCUUCUUAAUUAUGCUGCUAGAGAUGACGAUAGUGAAAGCGAAGUAACACUUUCAGUUUCUGAUGGUCUGCCACCGAUUACCUCCAUGGAAAAGGAAAGGAAAGACGGAAAGCUUUGGCAGGAACUCCAAGACAGCCUCUGCCUUAGUUGGAUCAUUGUAAACCGAAAAGUUAAGCAAGCCGCUAAUCUUGCGAGCUGGAGCCCUCUCGGUGGACAGAGACAUUGGCCGACAGACAAGGAUUUCGUGAUAAGGUUUGGGUCUAUUCUUCCUGCCAAAGACAUCCUUCCGUGUCAAGUAGUCGAGUGCAUUUUUAUAAUGAAGUUCAGAAUCGCACACACUGAAGGCGACGGCGUGGAAACGACUCUCAAAUUGACGGAGCUAAGCAUGCAGUUGGAAGACAUGGAAGGUGCGCAUGUUAACGGAAAGAACAGUUUGCUUAUUCUCAAGGAAGCUCUAAGCUGUCGUCGAAGCAAAAACUACAGUGAAGUUCUGGAAUCGUGUCAUCUGUACUCGAAAGUGAAGAGAAAGUUGAAAGAGGAAAAGAUGAGGAACGAAAGCAGGUUAGAUAGACUGUGUAUCUUGAGCGGCAUUGCUGCUUUCGUGACGUUUUGCUAUUACAUAUUGUAAAUGUAGAUGAUCUGGACAACCUUUUCCAGAGGAUGUUCUAGCAAUCUCUGGUUCCUUAUGAUGUAAAGCUUCAAUUUUGGAUCAAGUAAUAAAAAAGGAGCAAAGUUUUGAUC